CGGAACGUUCGGAAUUUCAAUUAGAAAGUCUUCCGGAUUAUUGAAAAGGACGGACCAGAAGUGUGCAACGGCGUUUACACUCCGUCACGAAAUCGAAGCAUUUGUACAGUUAUCUGUUAAACAGUUGGUUUUUAUUUAGCUAGAUAGCUAAUGCCCUUAAGUAAUUGUUUUAUCAAUGGAAGACAUGGAGCAUAAUAAGGCACCCUCUGUUAUCGAUCGGUAUUACACUCGAUGGUAUAAAACAGGUAACUUAUUAGCUAACUAUCCAUCUUUUAGCUAACGUUACAGUGUUGACCACUAACCUUGGGUGUCGACAUGAGACCAACACGUGUGUUUUGGCUUUGGGUAUGGUAGCUAGCCUGACAGCCUUUGCUAUGUAAUUUAACAGAAUGUGCAGUUGACUAAUUUCUGUAAGAGCUGGGCUGGUCCAAAAACAUCAAACCUGUAUCCCUCAGUGGACGUGGUUGCGGACCACUGGCUUAUUUUUCUUAACGAAUGAACAAAGUUGUAACUAAAGUUGUAUUAUUCUUUGUGCUUAGAUAUCAAGGGCAAGGAUUGUGAAGACCAGUGCGUUCUUCAGCAUUCAAACAGGUAACUUGCUAAGAGAAGGUGUUCAUUUCCUACUUCAAAUUGACAAUGUGCAGCUCAUCAACAAAACAGUUACUCAUCAACGCGUUGCUUUGGGACACAACAUCGGGAAUCAAUACAGACUCCUGAUGUUGUCCCAAAACUGAUCAACGCUUUGCUACCUCCACAGACUACAUUAUUUAUUUUCAGUAAAUUUAAACAUGGCGUUAAUGUGUUCCUGUGGAUCUCUUUUGACAGAAUCUGUGUCAUCACCCUGGCAGAGAGUCACCCAAUCCUUCAGAACGGGAGGGCAAUCAAGAGCAUCAACUAUCAGAUCAGUGCUGGCUGCAGUCGCCUGCACAACAGAGUGUCUGGGAAGUCAAAGAGAGUAUGUACUAAUGAUGUAUAUAAAUCCUGGAUUGUUGAUGCUAUGUUUUGGCCAUGUAGAGGCUUUGAAGCCACGGGUCGGCCAUAUUGGCACUCCUCAGAAAAGCAGUCCUCCAAAUUUCAUUUAAAUGUUUCAUUUAAAAAAAACAUUUUAGUCAUUUUAGACAUUUACAUUUUAGUCAUUUAGCAGACGCUCUUCUCCAGAGCGACUUACAGAUAGUGAGUGCAUACAUUUUCAUACUUUCAAGGACAAAGUUACAUGUAGGCUAUUUAAGUAUUUUUUUGUGUUGUAGUGGGGACGGUAACAUUAGUACCCAAAAACAUACUUUAAGGAAAACAUUUUAAUAUACAGUAUUAUUUCAUUAAUGUUUUGUUUGUCGCACAUAAUAUAAUUUAAAAGUAUGCAAUAGAAUAAACGUGGCCAAAAAAAAGUGCUGAGCAAUUAGUGCAUCUUGAGGUAGGUUCGGUUUCGAUUAUUUGGGUUGAAUGCUGUAACACAGAAUAAAACAAUUAACUGCUUAUCACUUAACCAUAAUUUAUUCACAUUACUUUUAUAAAAUAUUUCAGUUGUGUAUAUUACAUUUGUUUUAUUUGAUGACUUUACUAUUUCAUUCCAAGUCAUCAUCUCAUCUCUAUAGAGCUGCUGACUGACAUAAUCACUGUUUUGUAGUUCUUCAAAGUAAAUAAGGCAUACUUUUAUGACUGCUGAAUACCAACUAUCAAUCACUUAGAUCAUGUAUUUUCUGGUAGAGAUACUUCGCGAAGCAACAGCUGCUCUCUAUAUCCCCUCACGAUCGCGCAUUCUUCUCUCCGUGUCUGCACCACACUAACCUAAUGUAGCAGGCUAAAAGAAACAGACCGGACAAGUAGAUGUGCAGUGGAUUAUCGUCAUUGUAGUUAAUUAUCAAGUUUUAAGCGUUAAACUACAACUCCCUACUACAUCUCACAGUUCAGGCUGGAUCUUUUUUUAUUUUUUUUGUUGUAAUUUUUAGUUUUAUUUAUUUAACAGUAACAUGUAAAACACAAAAAACAGAACAGCCAGAGGGAGUACACACAAAAAUAAGGAAGAGAAAAAAAAAAAAUACAAAUCCACAUUAUAUCAAAUCAAAUAAAGACAUGUAACGAAUACAUUUUUUUGACGUUUUGUAUGCAUUUUAGAUGAUAGAGCAUGAUAGAGCAUGGUGUUUGCAACGCCAGGGUUGUGGGUUCGAUUCCCAUGGGGGGCCAGUAUAAAAAAUAAAAUAAUAAUAAUAUUCACUAACUGUAAGUUGCUCUGGAUAAGAGCGUCUGCUAAAUGACUAAAAUUUAAAUGUAAAUGUAAAUAGUCCCACUAAUGCUAACUAAUUGUCUGACAAGGACAAUGUUUUUCGAGAACCAGUUACAGUAAAAUAACCUCUUGUUUCUAUGUAAUAUCGACCCAUUAUUCCAUAUAAAUAUCUGAGGUGAAAAGUUGUGUUUAUACAGCAAAGCCCAGCCCAUUAAAGCCUGCUUGUGAAAAGCCACCAAUUUCACAGGAAGUUUUCCCACAAUAUAGGGACAUUGUAGUAAAAAAUUAAGCCCUCUGAGCUUCUGAAAAACAAAAUGAGGUAUAAUAUUCCAGAAACUGAGGAUUUUUUAAGUACCUUUUUAACCCAGUUUACUUUUGAUAUCUGAUUAAAGAGAAAGUGAAGUCUAAGACAUUUAGACCGCCAUCACAAACCCUGUUGGUGAUAACAUCUCUUUUUAUCUUAUGUGGCUUGUUUUUCUUUUCCAUAUGAAGUUGGACAAUAGCCUAUCUAAGGUACAGCAAGUGGGUUUGGGAAUGUCAAUAGAUAGCCCCUCAGCUUUGGAUAAAAGCACCCUCCCUUGAAGACUUAAAUCCCUCCCUAACCAUGAGGAAAAUAUAUUUUUAAUAGAUUCAGUUACAGGAUUCAAAUGAAGAUCAUUCACAGCCUUAAGAUUUUUGGUGAUCUUUACACCGAGGUAUGUUACAGUAUCUUUAACAGAGAUGUUACAAUCUGCUGGAUUGAGAUUUUGGAGAACUGCUUCACAAUAUCCAAUGCUAAUCUAGCUUGUGACACAUUAUUCCAAAAAAGUGAGGUGUCAUCCGCCAGUUGGACUAUCUUGAUCUCUCUGGCCUGGAAUGUAAUGCCUUCAAAUUGACUUUGAUAAACUAAUGAGCAUAAGGUUUGAGAAACUAACAAAAAAAAAAAAAAAAAAGGUGAGAUUGGACAACCUUGUCGUAUUCCUUUGUAAAUGUUAAACCUUGAGGAUGUUCCAUGACAGAGUUUGGUACAGCUAUUGCCACCAUUAUACAGAGUUCUAAUAGUGUCAACAGAAAAUAUUACCAAACUUCAAAUGCUUAAGACAAUCAAAGAUAAAAUUGUGACUUACAGUAUCAAAUGCUUUCUGAAAAUCCAAAAAUAAGAUAACAGGGGAGUCAUCCAAUGGCUAACAAUACUCAACCAAAUCUAACACCAGCCUCAGAUUAUUAGAUAUAUGGCACCCUUUCAUAAAUCCUGAUUGACAUUCAUCAAUCAGAUCAUUCAAGCACAACUUUAACCUUUUCGCAAAGAUUGAGGCUAUAAUUUUGUAGUCGUUUAUUUAGGAGUGUGAUUGGACGCCAAUUAUCAAUAAUUAAGAGAUCCUUUUGUGGUUUAGGUAUAAGACUAAUAACCUCUUGUUUCAGAGAGGCAGGUAGUUCUCCCUUCUUUAUAGCCUCUUUAAGGGUUUCAAGUAAGAAUUGUGCUAUUUCUUCAGAGAAGGUUUUGUAAAAUUCAGAGGUUAAUCCAUCACAACCUGGAGACUUGUUAUUUUUUAACUGAUCAACCUCAUAUUGGAUGUCCAUAAUGGAUAAAUAUUCACAAGACUGAUUUAAAUUCUUCACUAACAGAGUUAACAUUCUCUAUAGAAUCAAGGAGAUCCUUAGUCACUCAAACUGUUAUCUAGCUGUGCUGGGCUCCCGAGUGGCGCAGCGGUCUAAGGCACUGCAUCUCAGUGCUUGAGGCGUCACUACAGACCCUCUGGUUGGAUUCCAGGCUGUAUCACAACCGGCCGUGAUUGGGAGUCCCAUAGGACGGCGCACAAUUGGCCCAGCGUCGUCCGGGUUUGGCCGGUGUAGGCCGUCAUUGUAAAUAAGAAUUUGUUCUUAACUGACUUGCCUGGUAAAAUAAAUAAAUAAAUAACUAAAAAUAAGGAGUAAAGAUUAUCUAAACUAAGUGGUAAAGUCUGAUACCAACUCUCUAUCCUCAGAGGUUACCCCAUGAAUCUUACGUUUCCGAAGUGUGUUGAGUUCCCCUUCUCCUCUUUUCCAAAUAAAAAAAGUAUCUACUGUUCUUUUCGCCUUUUUCAAGCCAUUGUUUUCUGGAUCUUAUGAAGGCUCCUCUAGCCUUUUCCUCAUAAAAUGUAUCUAGUUGAUUCUGUAAAUCAUUCAAUUUAGCUUUUUCAUUAAGAUCAAGAUGCUCGAUCUUUGUGACAUCAGCAAUUUUCUUAGAGAGCUCAGCUACAUUCCAGUAAACAGAAAUUAGAUUCUUAAUCACAUUUUUAAAAUCAUCAUGCAAUAACAAUGAGUUAUUCAAUUUCCAAUAACCACCAGAAUAUUUCUUGUCAUCAUUACUGCACAUUCUCACAGUCAGCCAUAUGACUUCAUGAUCCGUCAGGACUACAGGCAGUAUUUUUACCUCUACAGUGUUGGGCUCAAGACUAGAGGUUAUCACCCACAAGUCAAUUCUUGAUUGUAGUGAAUGAUCUCUAAUACUCCAUGUGUACUGUUUCUCUCCAGGGUUUUUAACUCUCCAUAUGUCAAUUAAGUCCAGGCUUUGGCAGAAAUUCAUCAAUUUGUUCACACCAAUGUUAGGCCUAUGGGGCAAUCUAUCAGUCUCAUUAUACUAAACCAUGUUAAAAUCCCCACCAACUAUAAUCUGACUGGAUGGAUAUUUUCUCAGACUUUUAAGAAUUUCCUCAAUUUCCUCUAGAAGUAAGUUAUUUGGAGACUAGAACAGUAUCCAAAUAAAAUUUUAUUGGCCACAUGCGCUGAAUACAACAGGUGCAGACAUUACAGUGAAAUGCUUACUUACAGCCCUUAACCAACAGUGCAUUUAUUUUUAAUAAAAAAGUAAAAUAAAACAACAACAGUGUUGAGAUUAAAUAAAAUAACAAUAACAAUAUACAUUACACAAUAUGUCCAUGUGGUUGAUGACCGCUACUAGCCAAUGUCCAUUGGUGUCCAUUUGAGUAAACAAAAAUGUCCCUUUGAAAUUGUGUGCUAAAAUUGCAACCCCAGCUGAAUGAUUAGUUCCGUGGGCCAAGAAAAUGUCACUGCGCCACUGAUUUUCCAAAAAAAUUAUAAUCCUCUUUGCAUGAAUGUGUUUCUUGAACGAAUACAUGAUCUGUGUAUUCAGGCUGGAUCUGAUUUGUCUCUAGAGAAAUUGUGCAAUGUGCACAUUGAGCUCACAGAAAAAAACGGGGAAGAAACGACAAAUGGAAUUCAAAUAAUUGAACCUACGUCUCAUAACUGAAAUGUUGGUUAAUCGCUAAGCACUACUAAAAACAAAAGUAGACGUUAGUAAAUACAUUUCUAUAGUUACAAAAAUAUUUUUUACAAUCGCGUGGGAGUGCCAAGAUGACGGCGCGGUGUCGUCAAAACAAAUCAUUGGUAUGUACUGCUAAAACUGAAGUUAUUUUUUUGUUAAUGUAGUCUGGUAUAUUAUUACAUUUUAGUCAUAUCAAAUCAAACUUUAUUUGUCACAUGUGCCGAAUACAACAGGUGUAGACCUUACCGUGAAAUGCUUACUUACAAGCCCUUAACCAACAAUGCAAUUCAAGAAAGAGUUAAGAAAAUAUUUACCAAAUAAACUAAAGUAUAAAUAAUAAAAAGUAACACAAUAACAAUAACGAGGCUAUCUACAGGGGGUAUCGGUACCGAGUCAAUGUGCGGGGGUACUGGUUAGUCGAGGUAAUUUGUUCAUGUAGGUAGGGGUAUAGUGACUAUACAUAGAUGAUAGACAGCGCGUAGCAGCAGUGUAAAAACAAAUGGAGGGGGGGUGUAAAUGUAAAUAGUCCGGGUGGCCAUUUGAUUAAUUGUUCAGCAGUCUUAUGGCUUGGGGGUAGAAGCUGUUAAGGAGCCUUUUGGUCCUAGACUUGGCGCUCUGGGACCGCUUGCCGUGCGGUAGCAGAGAGAACAGUCUAUGACUUGGGUGACUUUGACAAUUUUUGGGGCUUUCCUCUGACACUGCCUAGUAUAUAGGUCCUGGAUGGCAGGAAGCUUGGCCCCAGUGAUGUACUGGGCCGUACGCACUACCCUCUGUAGAAAAGGUGUGCCCUCUUCACGACUGUCUUGGUGUGUUUGGAUUAUGAUAGUUCGUUGGUGAUGUGGACACCAAGGAACUUGAAACUCUCGACCCGCUCCACUACAGCCCUGUCAAUGUUAAUGGGGGCCUGUUCGGCCCGCCUGUUCCUGUACUCCACGAUCAGCUCCUUUUGACUUGCUCACAUUGAGGGAGAGGUUGUUGUCCUGGCACCACACUGCCAGAUCUCUGACCUCCUCCCUACAGGCCUACCACUGUUGUUUAAUCAGCAAACGUAAUGAUGGUGUAGGAGUCGUGUUUGGCCACACAGUCGUAGGUGAACAGGGAGUACCGGAGGGGUCUAAGCACGCACCCCUGAGGGGCCCCAGUCUUGAGGAUCAGCGUGGCAGACGUGUUGUUGCCUACCCUUACCACCUGGGGGCGGCCCGUCAGGAUGUCCAGGAUCCAGUUGCAGAUGGAGGUGUUUAGUCCCAGGGUCCUUAGCUUAGUGAUGAGCUUUGUGGGCAGCAGACACUAUGCUACUUACAGAAGCAAUUAGGGUUAAGUGCCUUGCUCAAGGGCACAGACUUUUCCCCUAGUCUGCUCCAGGAUUCGAGCCAGCGACCUUUCGGUUACUGGCCCAACGAUCUUAACCGCUAGGCUACCUGCCGUAAGGAUACUCUGGCAUAUUAGGACUAAUAUUAUAUGUUACACUACUAUUAUAUACUAUGGUAUUGACAUCCUUUGAUCUGACUUGUGACUGUCAAAGUAACACGUCUUCCUCUUUUCCAGGGAGGACAGUUCCUCACAGAGUUCGCUCCUUUGUGUAGAAUAACAUGUACAGACGGUGAGGAGUACACCAUUUACAGGUGACUACAACCUUUGCUGCUCUUGUAUCAUGAUUUUCACCUCUGCAGAUAAUCCACCCUUUAUGGUUAGUGCCAUUCAUUACUCUCAUGUCUUUUUAAAUUAGCCUGAAAUGUAAACCUGGUUGAUCUUUUCAGCUGCAUAAGGGGGCGGCUAUUGGAGGUCAAUGAGGAUAUUCUUGAAAGGCCUGAAAUUUUACUGGGAAAGGUGAGGAGCAUUUCCAUAAACUUCAUACCAGUUAAAACACAUUUUUGGUCAAUCUAAUGUUCCUCAAUUACAUGUACCCCAUUGAGAUGGUAAAUCACAUCACCAUUAGUAUGGCUAACUCUCCUACCUGUCUUUCAUGUGUAUUUGACCAGCCUUCCACUGAGGGAUACAUUGCUGUCAUCCUCCCUAAAAUAGAGGAGAGCAAGACAGUCACUAAUGGUCUCCUGAGCAGAGAGGAGUACGAGAGCGUCAUCUCUAAACGGACCAGCAGCACCCAGCCAGAGCCACAGCCAGAGGCUGAGCCAUGCUGAGGAAUGAGGAGGUCACAGGGACUCAUCACACUCUCCUCAGCCCAGCUGGAGUGACCUUUCCUGGGGCAGCUUUGUUGGAGGGGGUCCCUCGCCUCCUCAGGCCCAGCCAGACCUAGGUACUUACAUCAAAGCAUAGUGCAUACCCCUGUCCAGAUAUGGACUUAUGCCCGUGGUGGAUGACAGUGCAGAUAUCUGGGGUGCUGGAGGUAAUGCACUGUGCCUUUUAAGUUCUCUACCUUACCUAUUGUUUGCUUUGAUGUAACAUGAAGAAAUUCAGAGCCAGUUAAGUUUUAUGAGAACUUUUUUUUUUAGCUCUUUAUUAUGAUUGUUGAUGGAACGUGAGAUCUAUUUUCAAAGGAGGAAGUCUAAGAUAUUUACAUUAUGUCAGUUAUGAAGUGACUAUGUACCAAACAAGCCCAAGUUUUUGUUCCGAAGACUUAAAUAUGAAUUUUCUGUGUACUGUACAUACCUUAAUAAAUGACACAAUCGACC